AUGUCCGAACCUUCAACCAAACCAUCUCAGUCCAACUCAAAAACCAACCAUCAAAUCUCAUUCGAUCAACUCAAUCCACCUCUCAACCCACUCAUUCUCUCUUCACUCGCUUCCUUAUCACUCUCACAUCCAACUCAAGUACAACGAGAUUUCAUUCCACUUGCCUUAUCAGGAAAAGAUAUCUUAGCAGGAUCAAGAACAGGUUCAGGAAAAACUUUAGCAUAUGCUAUUCCGAUUAUCCAAAACAUACUUGAUUUAAGAGCCAAGAAACGAUUAAAUCCAAUUGAAAUCAUUAAUUUUAAUUUAAAUGCUAUUAUCUUGGUACCCACUCGAGAACUUAGUGAACAAGUUUCGGUUACAUUUAGAUCACUUUGUAAUGGGAUGGGAUCAGAAGCUAUUAUUGAAGUUUUAAAUUUAUCUGCACCUGAUGCAUCAGGAUCUAAAAAAAGAAAUUCUGGAAGCUCACCUGACGUCUUGGUAUCUACCCCAGCAAAACUUUUGAGUAAACUUCGAAGCGGAUCAUUAAAUCUAUCGAAUCUUUCAUUCUUAGUCUUGGAUGAAGCAGAUCUAAUCCUUUCAUACGGACAUUCAUCUGAUGAUAUCAAAUCGAUUCUUUCAGGCUCGGGUAAUGCAGAUGGAAUCACAUGGCGAUUUCCAAACUUUUAUCAAAGUUUUUUAAUGUCAGCUACCAUGACAGAAGAAGUAGCACAAUUAAAGAAUUUAGUUUUAAGAGAUCCAGAGAUCUUGAUGGUAAAAGAAACGGAAUCUGAAUUAAAGAAUUUAACUCAAUUUUCAAUUGGAAUUACGAAUGAACAAGAUAAAUUUUUAUUGGUUUAUGUGAUCUUUAGAUUAAGAUUAAUUAAAGGAAAAGGUUUAAUUUUUGUUAAUUCGACUGAUAAAUCUUAUCAACUUAAAUUGUUUUUAGAAAAGUUUGGGAUUAGAAGUGGGGUUUUGAAUUCAGAGUUACCGUUUAAUUCUAGAUAUCAUGCUGUUCAAGAAUUCAAUCGAGGUGUAUUUAAUUAUCUUAUUGCAACUGAUGAGAGUGGUGAUAGUCGUGAUGAUGAAGAUGAACAAGCAGAUCAAAGCGUGGAAGAAGCUUCAUCUCUCCAAGAAUCUAAGCCUGAUGCAGAAGUGGAAACAACAGUCUCUGAGAAAUCAUCUAAAAAGAGAAAACGAAAGGAGUCUGCUAAAGACCGAUUCGCUGACCGAUCACAAGACUAUGGUGUUUCCCGUGGUGUAGACUUUGUAGAUGUAGGAUGUGUGAUUAAUUUUGAUAUACCACCUUCUGCUCGAUGUUAUACACAUCGGAUUGGUCGUACUGCAAGAGCUGGAAGAACAGGAAUCUCGCUUUCUUUUGUUCGAUCAACUGCCAGUACUUCUACCCAGAAGAAUGUAGAUCAACAGGUUACCAAGGAUUUGAACACUUGGCAAAGGAUAGAAGAACAACAACGUCAAAGAGGUUCUGAGAUUAGAGAAUAUAAGUUUGAUAUGACUCAAGUUGAAGGAUUUAGGUAUCGGAUGCAAGACGGAUUACGUUCGGUUACUAAAGCUGCAAUUCGAGAAGCAAGAAUUAAAGAAAUUAAGAAUGAAGUGAUGAACUCGGAAAAGUUAAAGUCUCAUUUUGAAGCCAACCCAAACGAUCUAGCAUUCCUCAAACACGACAAACCAUUACAUCCGACUCGAAUCCAACCACAUAUGAAACAUGUACCAUCCUAUCUUGUUCCUAAGAUCGCACCAGUAGCUAUCAAUCAAACAGAAGGAGAUACAAGAACGAUUUGUAGACCUGAAACAUCAGUGGUUAAAACUUCUGGUGCUCGAUAUCAUAAAGAAGGUCGAAAAUCUAAUCGAGGAGGUAGAGGAGGUAAAAGUAGUAGGGGAGGUGGACGUAAAAAAGAUCCAUUGAAAAGCUUUAGCUUGAAAUGA